UGGGGCCUAGUUGGGGCAUCCCAGCUGAGUGGCCUGAGGAGCGAAGCACACAGUUGUGGAAUUUGCUCUUCUUUUUGCAUACUGACGCAGCCCUGGUAACAGAGCUCAAGGCAUCUUUUGUGCUGUUGUUCCACAGUGAGUGACGUCAUGGGCACUGCCAGGUCUUUAUCAUUUCUGCAAAUAAAUAGCUCACCCACUUGGUCUGCAGAAGCCGGCAAGGUGCUGCACGGCAGAGCGCUUGGGUUCUCCAAUAAGCAGUGGCAGUGACCAUGGAGCCAAACCCAGACCAGUUCUUCUUUCCCGGCAACCACUGGCUCUAUUUCUCCGUGUACCUAUUCGCCUUCCUGGUGGGGCUGCCCCUCAACCUAAUGGCCCUGGUGAUCUUCGUGGGUAAACUGCAGCGCCGCCCAGUGGCUGUGGAUGUGCUCCUGCUCAACCUGACCCUCUCGGACCUGCUGCUGCUGCUCUUCCUGCCCUUCCGCAUGGUGGAGGCGGCCAGCGGAAUGCGCUGGCCCAUGCCUUUCAUCCUCUGCCCCAUCUCCGGGUUCCUCUUCUUCACCACCAUCUAUCUCACCUCCCUCUUCCUGGCGGCUGUGAGUGUCGAGCGCCUCCUGAGCGUGGCCUACCCUCUGUGGUACAAGACCCGGCCGAGGCUGGCUCAGGCUGGGCUGGUCAGCGGCAUCUGCUGGUUCCUGGCGGCUGCUCACUGCAGCGUGGUCUAUGUCACCGAAUUCUCGGGGAACUCCACCCACAGCCAGGGCACUAACGGGACCUGCUACCUGGAAUUCAGAGACGACCAGCUGGCCAUUCUCCUGCCCGUCCGGUUGGAGAUGAGUGUGGUCCUUUUCGGGGUGCCUCUGCUCAUCACCAGCUACUGCUACAGCCGCCUGGUGUGGAUCCUCGGCAGAAGCUCCAGCAGGCGCCGACGCAGGAGGGUGGUGGGGCUGGUGGUGGCCACUCUGCUCAACUUCCUUGUCUGCUUUGGACCCUACAACGUGUCACAUGUACUGGGCUACAUUCAGGGCAAGAGCCCGACGUGGAGGAGUUAUGUGCUGCUCCUCAGCACUCUGAACUCCUGUGUUGAUCCCCUGGUCUACUAUUUCUCAUCAUCUAGGUUCCAAGUGGACUUCCACGAGCUGUUGGGGAGGCUGACUGGAGGCUGGAGCCCCAGCAGCCAGGAGAUUAGCAUGGAAUUGAAGGUCAAGGACGGAGGAGAGUGGCUGUCUCAGGACUGUCCAACCUAGAAAUCAGGGGCGGACUCAAGGAGGGAUUCAGAACAGGUGGACUUAUGGCCUGGCUGAAACUGAGCUCCUCUGGGGUAGGAAGAUGCAGCAAAUGUAUGUCUCCAGGACAGAGCCUAACUCAAGGCAAGCAAGACCUUGCAGCAGCAGGCUGGGGCCCGAUGCAGCUCAGUGGCAAAGGAGCCACCCAGACUUCCUAGGGAUCUGCUGACCCCUUGAGAUCCCACCUCCCUUCCCAUCCUCCCACCCUUGAGAGGCUGCUCUGGAGGAAAAUGAGCCUCCAGGGUCCUGGGCCAGCUCCGUGCUUUCCUAAGGGGAAGAGAGGCAUUAAGGGCAGUGCCCAGGACACAGAGAGCUGUUCAUGGCUUGGGACAGGAAAGGGCAGGAAUCCAGCCUUCAGAGCUGCUCCUAUCUGGAUGUCGGGGCCGGGGGCAGGGUUCCAGGGACGAGCAAAACCUGCCCUCCCUCCUGUGGACUUUUCCAGAAAGUUUCCAUUGCUCAACUAAUUCAGAUCUUUAAGGAUCCUUAUGAACCAUGACAGAAGAAAAAUGACCCAAAUAAAUUCAAUG